AUGUCGAGCUUCUCGCGACUCUUCCAGCGCACUGCGCGCAGUGCCUUCCAGUACCAGCGCGGCGUCAACCCCGUCCAGAAUGCUCUCGGAGCGCAGGGCACUGGCAGGUGGAUGAACGGCGUCAGGAACUACGCUGCCUUCACCCGUGACAAGCCCCACGUCAACAUUGGUACCAUUGGCCACGUCGAUCACGGAAAGACAACCCUCACAGCCGCCAUCACCAAGCGCCAGGCCGAGAAGGGCUACGCCAAGUUCCUCGAGUACGGUGCCAUCGACAAGGCGCCUGAGGAGCGCAAGCGUGGUAUCACCAUCUCCACCGCCCACAUCGAGUACCAGACCGACAACCGCCACUAUGCCCACGUCGACUGCCCCGGUCACGCCGAUUACAUCAAGAACAUGAUCACAGGUGCCGCCAAUAUGGACGGUGCCAUCAUCGUCGUCGCUGCCUCCGACGGUCAGAUGCCCCAGACCCGUGAGCACUUGCUCCUCGCCCGCCAGGUCGGUGUCCAGAAGAUUGUUGUCUUCGUCAACAAGGUCGAUGCCGUCGAGGACCCCGAGAUGUUGGAGCUCGUCGAGAUGGAGAUGCGCGAACUCCUUUCCAGCUACGGUUUCGAGGGCGACGAGACACCCAUCGUCAUGGGUUCUGCCCUGUGCUCUCUCGAGGGCCGCAGGCCCGAGAUUGGUGAAACCAAGAUCGAUGAGCUCCUCGAGGCUGUCGACAGCUGGAUCCCUACCCCUACCCGUGAGACCGAGAAGCCCUUCCUCAUGGCCAUUGAGGACGUUUUCUCCAUUGCCGGCCGUGGUACCGUCGUCUCUGGACGUGUCGAGCGUGGUAUCCUGAAGCGCGACCAGGAAGUCGAGCUUGUCGGUAAGGGCACCGCGCCCAUCAAGACCAAGGUCACCGACAUCGAGACCUUCAAGAAGUCCUGCGAGGAGUCGCGUGCCGGUGACAACUCCGGUCUCCUCCUCCGUGGUGUUAAGCGUGAGGACGUCCGUCGUGGUAUGGUUGUCUCCGUUCCCGGACAGGUCAAGGCGCACAGGAAGUUCCUCGUCUCCAUGUACGUCCUCAGUAAGGAGGAGGGUGGUCGCCACACUGGCUUCGGCGACAACUACAGGCCGCAGAUGUUCAUCCGAACUGCUGACGAGUCCUGCGCGCUCACAUGGCCCGAGGGCACCGAGGACGCUUCCUCCAAGCUUGUCAUGCCCGGUGACAACGUCGAGAUGGUCUGCGAGCUCCACCAGCCCCACGUUCUUGAGCAGGGUCAGCGCUUCAACAUGCGUGAGGGUGGCCGCACUGUUGCCACUGGUCUUGUCACCCGUGUCAUCAGUUAG